GGGUAUUAACCGAUGCCUGUCGGUGCUUCGUUAACAAAAACAGUAAAGAAACACGUUAGCUCGGUUGUUUUUUGCUUCAGACUCGACAUGUUUGUCCCGUGAACGUCACCGCAUGUCAGUUUAUUGGUUUGUUGUGUAAAAACUUAUUUUAAUCUUUGUUUAACCCCCAAAGUCUGUCCACGUGUCUCCUCUCUGUGGUAGUGAUGUGCGGAUCGAUACUGAAGUCUCGAUCCCUCCGAUACCAGAGUCUUACGUUUUAGAAUCGAUUCUCAUACAAAAAUAUCGAUAUUUUAAUAAAUGUGGACAAAUGUGUAGUUUACCAUUAACAGGAAUACAGCGUAGAGUAAAAACACCAUCGCAAACUUGUUGUAAUGAUUCCCAGUUAGUGGGAACUACUUCUUCUUCCGCCUGUCAGUCACAUGUGUAAUACGGCUCUAUAAGAGCGUCGCUGGUCACAACGUGCUGCUGCUCCCUAAAACGCAGUCAUGUGGGGACAUAUUUCAGCUCCACAGACAGCAACGACGCGGCGCGUUAUGUAUGUGAGAAGACAGUUAAGUAUUAAGACAGUUAAACAUCUGAGAAUCAACCAUAAACAGGAUAUGAUGAGGCGAUCCAGAGAGCAGGAGAGGAGAGAGACAGGUGCUGCAGGCAGAAACUAUCCAGGCUGGACAGGUGUGAACGAGCGCACCUUCAUCGCCGUGAAACCAGAUGGCGUGCAGCGGAGACUUGUGGGAGAAAUCAUCCAUCGCUUUGAGAGAAAGGGGUUCAAACUGGUGGGACUCAAACUGGUGCAGGCCUCUGAGGAGCUCCUUAAAGAACACUACUGGGAGCUGAGGAACAGACCCUUUUUCAAGGGACUCAUCAACUACAUGAGGUCUGGACCCGUGGUGGCCAUGGUGUGGGAGGGGCUAGACGUGGUGAAAACAGCACGGAAGAUGCUGGGAGAGACCAACCCGGCUGACUCUCUGCCCGGAACAAUCCGAGGAGAUUUCUGCGUGGAGGUGGGCAGGAACGUGAUCCACGGCAGCGACUCGGUGGAGAGCGCUCAGAAAGAAAUCUCGCUGUGGUUUCAUCAGAAUGAGCUCCAGUGCUGGGAGGACGAGAGCAGCCGAUGGAUCUACAACUAAAGCCUUAAGUUCUGCUAUUCUCUGUCCUUUAGGUGAACCGUCCAGGAUUGAUUUUACUUUUAGGGCCACCACAAGAUGAUUUCUUUUCCCCAAAACCUCAGAUUGUUAGGAGGCACUGCUGCAUCUCUUCCUGCUUCUUUUUUUUUUUUUUUUUUUUUUUUUUUAAGUAAAAGUGGAUCUUCUGUGUCGUUUCUACGUGUCUGAGGUGGAACAACUUAACAAAGCACACAUGCACUGAAUGAGCAAUAUUUCUAUCUGUGACUUGAAAAAACAUGUUCUUGGUCAAAUGUUGCACGAAUAAAUUUGCCUCAAAUCAGCUGGUUUGAUGCAAAUAAACACAGCUUGAAUUUCUGCAUCAGGAAAAGGAGAAGAGGACUAGAGUCAGAAAAAUAAACUACCUUACCUCGGCCUUAUCAGCGGUGAAAAUAGAGAGAGGUUCUCAGGAACGUGUUUGUCCAUUCAUGUUUAACUAAGAUGCAAAUGAAUGCAGUGGUCCUUAAAAAUGUACUUUCCAAAGGUGUUCCCACGUCCCUGCAGUGACUUUUUAUACUUGCAGACGUUACAAAUGUAUGUAAUCUAAUGAGAAAUAAUGAAACACAACUGUUGCCUGAUUUAACCGAAGAGUGUGUGACAUCCUUCAUGUUUACAGUGUUUUAGCAAUAAGCUUUGAAUGUGGAGCAGUGGGAGGUCUUAAAUGUUUGUAUCAAUGCAAAAAUAAACAACUCUGUAUGUUUUUAUCCAUUUCUGCUGAAAUUUGCCCUCCAGAUAAAUACAUUAGAUCUUUGUGGUUCUGAAUGAGCUUUAAUAAUCAGAUAAAUGGACAUUUUUCUCCUGCAAUAAAAACAUUUAAGACACUA